CUCAACUCCUCACCACCAGCACCCCUCACAAUGGCAGCCAAAGCAGCUAUUUCAGGAGCAGCAGCUACCCAAAUGCUCUUCCUCCUCCGCUUUAUCCAACAGGGUGCUCUAGUACUGGUCGGGUUCGUCGCGUGUUACUUCGUGUACUGGCAUAAUUCCCUCCGAGAUCCCGUUCCGCUGCCGCUCAUUGGAUUGAUCACCGCCUGUACACUAUCCUACCUCGAAUGCGGCAUCUCCUCCGCGCUCUCCCUCGCCCAAGCUAGCGGCAACGCCAAGUCAACGCCUAACUACACCUUGCUGCUUAAAACCAGCACGCCGUGCUCCCUUUCUCUAGCCACCAGCUAUUAUGCGCUUCGUCAAAUGCCAUUUGUAAGAGAGUGGUGUGAAGGCGAUAAUUGGUUCAGACCGAGUAGAGAGAGUAACGGGUACACGCUGGCACCUGCGGGCAUAGAGGAGCAUCAGUGUGCGCUUACUUGUGUGCUGAUUGGGGCGGGGAUGGCUGCGGUAGUGGUGAGUGUAGUGAUUUCAGUGGUGGCGGGGAUGGGGGUGGUUAUGGAACUGAGGGGGAUGGGGUUGGGGUUGGGGUUUGGAAUGGGGAGGAGGAGGGGUGGGUAUGCAGCUUUGGAUCCGUAUGAAAUCGGGGAUGAUUAUGAUGGGAGUACUGUUUGUUCUGUUGAGGAGGUUGAAUAAGGUGCAAGGAGAUAGAUUGCCGGUUUGGGAAUUAGAAGGGGUUGAUAUAUAUAAGUUCAGCUGUGGACAUUAUUAAUAGAUGUUGGUUAAGGUGAAGUUAUACAAUCAGAUAAUGGAUCUGAGACCUUCUACAGCAGAGUGCAUUUUGCAAUACGGU